AUGUCGAAGAGUCGUAAACAUGUGCGCAAGUCAUUCUCAGUAGAAGAUUUGCGCAAGGAGGCAGAAGAAGAAUUAGAUCAAGAAGCAGUUGGUGCCAAGUUAUUAAAUGGAAUUGGUUCUAUUGAUUUUAAAUUUGCUGACCGUCUUCCUAGCGAUGUUAUUCUUUGUGCGCUUAUAGUCAAAUACGGUUUAACGCUUGUUUGUGCCAUUGCCAAUGUCGUACCAUCGUUGUACGUAUUGCCCGUAAAUUUCCGUCGUGUAGUAUUGAAUAUGAUUUGUCCAGAAUUGCAGGAAGAUGAUGUGAAUGUGAUAUUUGAAUCUGUCUCAAAAUAA